AAACACAUGACCGUUCAUGGGGUUCGGUCGUGCCUCCGAAAUCGAUAGGAAUAAACUAGGACUUUGCCGUUCGACAAAAAUUUGAAAGUGAGUUGAAAAACAAUCUGUUUGAAUUGAGCAAUGAGUAAGGUAUCGUACGUAGUGUGUUUUCUACCGUACGGUACGAUAACGUACUUUUAAAAGUUUUCAACUAACAACCGUUUUCAAAGMCAUUGCUUUCUAUUGUUUACAACGAGACGAGAAACCCAGGGGUUCUCAACUAUACGGAAUCAAUAAAAAGUGCUMGUGGCAGUCUUAUCCCCACACCAUCGAAGUAACACAAUCGAAGUAACACAACAGCUCGGACUGGAUUUUCUGAUCGAGGACAGAAGAAAGCCAUUCCUCUCGAACCUUUCGACUUGCGAGUAGAGUGCAAACUGAAUCGAGCAGAGCAAAACAGAAUAGAGGAAUCACAUCGGAACUAUCGAGAUGACACUGCGCGCGCUUCCCAGAGGGAGACCGACGUCGAGGAUAACGGCAAUGYUCCGACUAUUGGUCGCCAGCAUUUUGUUGUCGGGUGGUAUUCUGGUCUUUCCCUCGUCGACGACACCGUCGGGCACUUGCAUGGUGAUGGCGCAAAAGAACGGCAACAUCAAMAAAAGGCAGAAUGACAAAAACAACGAUAAAAACAAUAAUAAGAAUAAUGAUAAGAACAAYAACAAAAACAACGACAARAACAARRACAACGACAAGAACAAAAACAAGGAGACCGAAUCCCCGACUCYGGAGCCAACUACMUCUCCCACGCAAGUUCCUACCCAGUUYCCCACGGACUCCCCGACUARWUAUCCCACCGGCACCCCAACRGCGAGKCCUACGGGAUCUCCAACCGUGAGACCGAGCUACCUGGCCGUUCUCCCCCAGAUCACGUUUGAUAUUGUGACAGUGGUAGACGAUGUCUUUGCCUUUGCAACACUUCUCGAAAAAAGCAACAAGGACGAAGACGAUUUACUCAACACUUUCUUUACGGACUUUCUGGCGCAUCUUUUAGUCGCAAGCCAGGUGGUCUCCGGUUCAGAUCUAGAAUUUGUAGAUCUGCGGAUCCAGYUGCUUCCGGCAGAGAGCGAAACCGGUGGGGGAGCAGAGACAGYAGAAGCAUCGCCGAAGAUGGCUUCGGCAUUCACAAAUCCCAACGAUACUUCCAUGAGAAUCGUAAUUGACGGAASCAUGACCUAUUUCCACGAAGUCGGGGAAGAAGGGGGCGAGCAUAGCGUUCUGUCACUGGAGGACAAGAUGAGCCACACACUAGCUGUKUAYUUUUCCUUCUGGAGCACAGACGAGGUGGUCGACACGAUGUCAGAAUACGGAUUCCAGGAUCCUCGCAUCGCCGCGGUCCGGGUGGACGACAACGUGAUUCUCGUUGCGCAASAAGAAGSCAAUGCUUCCGAGGGAGCCRAUGCCUCCGGAAACGUCGGCGGCAACGGCCUCGUGAUGCCGAACAGCAAUGGCGGCAACGGUGGGUUCCGRGACAAGGACGGUGCGGCCCUCGUGUCGUCGGGACACCGAGUGCAAUCGGACCGCAUGGCAACAGCGGUGGGAUCUACACUGCUGUGUGGGCUGUGGGCUAUUCUCAUUCUAUGAGUAUGCAUCGGAAACUGUGCGGAAUGCUCUGUGCUAGGCUUUGGUGCAGAGUGUUGUGUCGGUGGGAUGUACUGUUAUGGCCGAGGCAACCCUACGAGUAGUGUGUCCAACAACAAAAUCCAACAAUUCCAUUUGCAACCAAAACGCCCUCACUGGACUACACAUGGCACGGAAAUAGCAACAACUAAAUCAAAUUUAUGUGCUUCGGGGACGACUCAUCCGAAAUCGGGCUAGGCUUGACCAUUUGCUGUAGUAUUGUACAAAUCAGAAGUAACUAGAUUGUGCUGUCGAAGAAACCAGUUACCUGUUA